UUUCUCCUUGAGCUGUCAAUCAAAGGUUUCUUUGGCGCACGCUCUCAAACGCCUUUAAUGAUGCACAGUGAUGCUGAACCACUGAGACCAUCAGCUUCCCACAAAACCUCUGCAUUAUAUUCACUCCCGUCAUCCCGACGCAUUUUCCUUGGAUGCUUCUUAAAUUCCGUGUGUUAUUUUGCACAGGCAUUUAUUUGCGCGUCCUUUGGCACUCCAGCAGAUUGUGUUUGGUCUCCUUGCGCAGGGUCACUCUGGAGAACCGACCCGUUUUGAGGCACUCUUUACGCACUUGGAAGAUUUGUGGACUGCGGACGCGUGCAUAGCGCAAAAGGAGGAACGGUUUAUGCGUUUUCCUGCUCGCUGACUGUUGCUGCAAGAACUGCCACGUAAAAAUAACAAACAGUCGGCGAAACUCGAACCAUGAGCUGCGCAAUGGUGCGACGCGCGCUCGCCGCUGCGCUCCUGGCGUUGCUGUGGAAAGGGCCCACCAGCGCACAGGCAGCCGAGUUCGGCCACAUGCCCGACAACAUUACAGUGCUGGAAGGAGAAAGCGUCACUUUGAGAUGCAAGAUUGAUGAAGAGGUCACUCACAAAGCAUGGCUGAACCGUUCCAACAUCCUCUUCACGGGCACAGAUAAGUGGUCUCUGGACACCCGCGUCUCCCUAGUGAACAACAACAACAGCGAGUUCUCCAUUAAGAUUGAACAAGUGAUGGUGACAGACGAGGGACCCUACACGUGCAGCUUCCAGGCCAAAAACCAGCCCCGCACGGCCCAUGUCUACCUCAUCGUUCAGGUGCCGGCUAGGAUAGUGAACAUCUCCGAGGAUAAAUCUGUCAACGAAGGCGAUGACGUGAACCUCUUUUGUCUGGCAGUGGGCAGACCGGAGCCCACCGUCACCUGGAAAGACUUCAAAUACGGUCUCAUGAGUGAGGGAGAAUUUCUGGAAAUCACGGAAAUCAAACGGAACCAAGCAGAAGAAUUUGAGUGCAUCACCAACAACGGCGUCGCGCCUCCAGACACCCGGCGUGUCAAGGUCACCGUCAACUAUCCACCAGUCAUUACAGAUGUGAAGAACAUGCCUGCUCAGCUGGGGAAGACUGCCAUUUUACGUUGUGAAGCCAUGGCGGUGCCCACAGCCUCGUUUGAAUGGUACAGAGACGACAGGAGGCCGGUAGAGAGCGAUAACACGCUGAAGAUCAAAAACGAGAAGACGCGUUCCCUGCUGCUUUUCACCAACGUCACGGAAAAACACUUUGGCAACUACACCUGCUUCGCCUCCAACCGACUCGGCGCUUCCAACGCCAGCAUGUUACUCUUCAUGCCCGGGGUGGCGUACGGCGGAGGGACGUCUCUCAACAGCCGUUUAUCAGGAGCUGGCCUUUGGUUCUGCCUCUCCAUCUCUGUUCUGAUGAAGGUCUAAAACUGUCCUGCCUUUGGAAGGAGUCUUUAAAAACGAACCCAUCACUGUGAACAAAAAGAAAUUAUGCAUUGAUCCAGGAGCCAUCGCUACAUCUCUCGGUCAUUCCUUCCCGUUUCCUCUCUCAUUCAGCCCCGUCGCGUAUCACCGCUUCAUUCCCGUUUCCGACGACGGUCACCAUUCAACGUCCAAUGCAAAUGAAAUGUCGGCGAGUAAUGUUAUGAACCGUUCAACAGUUUGGUGUCUCUCGAUGUGCGUGCUGGACAUGCUGUUUGUACUCCGUGGGUUGUGAAUCUGUGAAGGUAACGGUGCUGACAAAAUGCUGAAGAUCACGUGACUCUGUAGAAGCGUUUGUGGUGGACCACCAGCCGCCGGUGGCUCUCGGUGUGAGACGAUUGACAGUGCGUUCUUACAUACGUAGCUACGAUGAAUGAUGUCAAACCACAUCUUUCCUUUCUAGCAAGAAGGGGCGUAUCAUCUCGAGCCCUAGGUUGCGUUCAUUUAGAGGUCUCGACCCAAGGCAAACAUCAGACCCCUGUCCAGCCCCUACACUUCAGUCUCUGUCGGUCGGUCCAUCAAACGGUCCGUCACCCUCGAUGUAAAUAAAUAUGCAGUAGACCCCCCACCCCAUUUCCAGUCAAGCUGUUUCAGUAUUUCAGCUUGGAGGAUAUUGCUGCCUUCAAGUCAUGUUGGGAUGAUCGUAUUUGUGACAUCAUGGUGUUGAUCGUGUAAUCGUGAAUGUUGACUGUACGGUAUGUUUUUUUACGCAUUUCGUGUACUGUUGAUGAUGAUCAAGCUUGAAAUACCAAACUAUUAGCCGUUUUAUGAGGCGACAGGCUUGUGUGACCAAACCACAUUUCUCAUUACUGUUUGUGGCUAAUGUUUCUCUAUUUCAUUGCAAGUGAAAAACAGAGAAAGAAAUGCGAAAUGUUGACCUCCUGAUCUCGUAAGCGUGAUCUUCCCAAACGGAUCUUGAAGGCAGCAGAAGUUUCAUGGCGUCCGAAGCAGUUCCUCAUCUUCCUCGUUGCUUGUGGAUAGCAUGUACCGGUUAGAAAUGUCCCUCUUGUGACCUCACUUCCUGCACCGACCCCGUUUUAACCCCUGCACUGUGUACAUUUUAAUCUGCAAGGUUAACUGCUAUAACUUUUCGGUGUUAAUAAUGAUGAUUAUAAUAAUGACGACGACGAUGACAAUGUUAAUAAGUAUUUGAAUAAAUAUGAUAGUAAUUCCGUGUACAAAAAAAAAUCGACAGAGCUGAUCGCAAGCCAUGUGUGUGAAAAUAUUUUGUACGAAAAAUCACAUUCGUUGAACGGCAAAAAAAUUAUAAUCAAAACACGUUUUUGAAGUAUCGUGCUCUGUUUUACCAUGAUAAACUUUUUUAAACUGGAAAUAAUUUGACAAAGUCUGUUAAGAAAGCAAUCGCAGAAACGCAAGGGCGCUUACACGCUAGAGAGAGACGCGCGCGUGACGGACGGGAAUGCACACGAUUUAGCAAGUGUUGAGGGAAAGGAGUCCGUUUGAAAUUGUGAAGAAAAUCAGAAUUUCAAAUUAAAAACAUGCAGGAUGUCAAAUUCAUCUUUACGUUUUUCCUCCACGUCCCUCAAUAAAAUCAAUUGAUUCGUAGCGUUCUCAUACGCAGCCUAAACUCUAGCGUAUACGCGGCCGAAUAUCAUUUCAAAUGUGUAUGUGUUCUUAUUUUUUCAUGAUGACUGUAAUGUAUGAUAAUCUAUUCUACCGUAAUGAUGUAACGUUCAUGUCUGGCUCAGUGACGUAACCAAAACCGCAGUGUCCUGCAUUUGACAUGUUACCAACCUGCUGCGUUUCAUUCCAAGUUGGCUGCUCGACAUUUCUUCGUAACAUUUCGUCAAUUUCUCGCACGGAAACCAAACUGGAGGUCUGAUUUCAACAGGCGUCCCGAGUCGAAUGGAACACAGCAUUAGAUUCUGCAAGUCGCCUUUGUUCCUUUCAAAAAGUGAAUCCGAUUAGCGAGAGAUCAAGAUGUAAUUAGCCAGCGACUGUGACUCGCUAAGCAAGCGGACCGGCAUAUUCUCUCUGUCCCCCAUCUGGUGAGAGGCACGGCUCAUAAAUCAAGCUCAGUCCAGACACUGACAGAAUCCUCUUCAAGGACAGCUGUGCCUUUGACUGGCCGAGUCUGAAGCCCGACGUGGAGUCCCGUCCCCUACAGGAUAAUUACCCGCCACUUAAGAGCGCACGGCGAAGAGGCUUUGACGUGUCGCUGCGGCGAGCAUCUUAACUUCAUUCGGCUGUCCGCGGCGACCCCGCGUGAGCUCGGUGUUCUGACCGUUCGCUUUGCAAUCUUAAUCUUGUAUAUACUAUAAUCUGUCCCGUCUCCCCCGCUACGUGUUUCAUUAUUUCAUUUCAGCCAGCAAUAACCUCAAAAUAGCAUUUCAAUCUUGUUAAUGCCCAAUUUACAGUCUGAUGGGCACGACGCCUUUGUUAUUAGGCUAACGGAUUCGGAAAAUGUUGCGUUUGUUCGUCGGGCCCGAGAUAUUGCACACGAUACGAAAUCUGAGCUCAUCCUUUGAUCGUGAUGCUUGUAAAUGAGAAAACUCGUUCUCUGCACCUGUGUGCAAAACUCUGACGGGCGUUUCGGUUUCGUUCGUGGAGGGGCACGGCCGGCGUUUCGCUCCAAACAUGACCAGCUUCUCAAGAUCUUCACCGUGACUUGAAAAUGACAAGCAGGUGUGGGAGAGAGGGGACAGGGCCGGACUGAAUAAGGCCAACAUUCAGUUUAGCAUGUUAUUCUGCCCCAAAGAUUAUUUAAAGAAUGGUUUAUUGUCUUUAGAUUACAUAAAAUGUCAAACCAAGCUGCAUAUUUUUAAAGAAAUAUAGCACAAACUAUAGAAACCAGUCAAGUACUAUAGACACUUUCUCAAAGUUGAAUAGAACUUUGUUGCAGAUGUUACUUGGUUUGAUGUUUGAUUUAACGGAAGGACUUUAGACGUUACGAGUAUUCAAAUCAUGUUUUGGGAUCACUGUAAAUGUGUCCAGAAGUUUUAACGUUAAGCACAAAGGCAGGGGAUGGGGAGACAGCGGUCAUUUUCUCUUUUUGUCAUUCAUGAUCAACAUCACCCUCAAGGCCAUUUCGUGUACGUGUGAUCACCUCUAAUAUACGUGAACAAAAGAAAAAAACAAGAGAACGUACGAAAUGUCGUUGAAAUUCUCGAUGUGGGUAUAAAGCAUGUAAAUGUUUGUUUUGGGUGGAGUUUUGUUUGGUUGUCUGAAUAUUGUGAUGGAGCGCUGCUGGUGGAUGUAAAUGAGAGAGUUUGGACUGAGCUAGAGGUCUGGUGUGGAGGACGGAUGAGGGACAUCUGGACAUGAGCAGGUUGGAUCACACAGAGCCCGCAGCUCAGAGGACAUGGGAUGAUCCGCGGCAGUAUGAGAUGAUGUCAUUGGCCCUUUGCUAAGCCCCGCCCCUUUGCGCACAGCUGAUACUUACAUUCAAAGUGACUUACGGUCAGACCAAGGAUUUUGAAGUUGUUCUGUACAUAAAUCUCUGCUCGUGAGUGAGCAACAUUAAGUAAGAGUUCAAUAAUGCAGUAGAAGAACCAUUUUUUGCUGAACGAUUCCUCAAAGAACCAUUCUGUUUCAUAAAAGGUUCUAAAAGAUUCUUUAAGUUAUGAAGAAGAUGAAGAAAUGGAUUUUAUAAGAACCUUUGAGUGAAUAGUUCUUUUGGGGAACUAGAAAUGGUUCCUCUAUGGCAUCACUGUUUUAAAGAGUGUGAAUAUGAAAAUAAAGUUGAUGACAUUUCUUAAGUUCCUUCUUGAUCGUUUCUCAAACAAGAAAUCUGUAGUUUUGCCCUGAAUCCUAGUUUUAUAUUGAUUGUUUGAAUUGAAAAUUGAUUACUAUUUACUACAAAAAAUAUAGUUAAACUAUAGCAAAACCAUUCAUUCGCGGUACCUAGCUAUAGUAAACAUGGUUGUUUUUUGUACACUGUAAAAAAUGUCAGGCUUCAACUCAAAAUUUCAAAAUUCUUUUUCGUUUUGCAAUUGGCUCAGUUUGAGUUUUGUCAAUUUAAGGAACAGUUUGUUGCCUCAAGUGUUCAUUUGCAAUUGUGCCUAUUGAAAUAUCAAAAAUGACACGGUAAUGUGGCAGAAAACCUGCACAACAACACUAUUUAAAUGUUGGUCAGACCCUUUUUUUUAUUUGGGCUUAACAAAUGGUCAGCUAACUCUCUGAGAAAACUCCUACUAAAAAUGAAUACAAAUUCAUGGACAUUUAAUCUAUCCACGGAGACUAAAAUGUGCCGUUUAUUUGUCUUGUUUCUAGCUUACUGCAGAACUGAAAUCGAUUAAAGGGGGUGUGUGUCCCAGAUGACAGCGCAGUAUUGUGAAUGUAUAGUGUAAAUGAACAGUGACAGAUGUGAGUCUAUAGAAUAUAAAUGCAGUUUCUGUGAAGUGACUUUACUCUCUGUGCCACUAGAGGGCAGUGCCGAAUCAAACGCUCUCUCUACCCACCGCUCUCUUGUUUAUUUUCUUCACGUAGGGGAGUAUGUAUUUUUCCACAGCUCUAAAGCUACGAAAGUAUUGCUUAUAUAUGUUUGUACACAAAAGACCAUGAAAAGAACUCCUUUUUUAUCUACCAAGUCAUUUUCUCUUAAAUAAAUGUAAAUGUGCCUUACAUGCUUUACUCUAUGUAGUUACAUUUACAUUUAUUCAUUUAGCAGACACGUUUAUCCAAAUGAGAGAGCAUUUUACAUUUUGUCAAUGAGCUAUAGUGUAAUUUACAAUGGCAUGUUUACAGUAAGAAUCAGAGUUAUGGAAAGAUUUUUAUUUAAUAUAUAAACAAAGUUAGACUGAUAGUCAGAUGAAUGCAGAACAGGUGUGUUAUCGGUAGUUUGAGUUAGCUGGAAUCCCUGUAAAACCAGCUUGUUUCCAGCUAAGACCACCAAACCAAUUUGUAAAACAGGUUUGUUAAAAUCUCACCAGCUAUUUUCACGUGUUUAUGUUUCUAGAUUAGACUUUAGUUACACAACUGGCUGAGAUGUGUACUUUUGUGCCUUUGAUACUGUGUAUCUUGAGACAAACGCAAUAUAACACACAGUUGAAACAGAAAACAAAUCAGGAGCAAAUGUUGCUCUGACCGUUGGUAGUGUAAAUCAAAUGCAGAAUAGAAAUAAUAAUACAGAGCAGAUUCUGUACUGUGUAUCAGACUGUUAGAGAGGCGGAACAUUAAAAAUGCAGGAAUAAUUCAAACAGCCGUAGGCCGGAAGAAUAUUUUACACAAGUACAUCCAAUUCUUGGCCAACAGAGAUUGCAAGCUCUGUCUUUUUCCUGACGUUGACAAACAGAACUCAAGGGGGCGAUAGAGUUUCCUUCACAUGUAUGUGCUAUUAACCAGCUACAUGUAAACAUGUCCAUUUCAUUUCAAUUGCUCAGCAAAACUCUUGCUCUCUCGUGACACUUGUUUACCUGAAUGUUUACAAUAAUGUGUUAUAACGGUGAAUGCAACGCAGACGUGCACUGUGUUAUGGAUUGAGCUUUGACACGAAUCUAAAAUUGCGUCAGGUUGUUAUUUAGUCAAAAGCAAUGCAUUCUCAUCGUUGCUCACUGACCACCGGAGCCUCCUUCAUCUGUAAACUCGAAAGUCAAAGCAACGGUUUUUGAUAUUAAAGUCGAUAUGUUUACAGUUAGAUCGGCCUAUAGGAAUAAAUAUGAUUAUAGUAGAUAUGAAAUCGCAUCCAGUUUAAUGGCACAGCAUCUUGUGUACCGAGAUUUGAUAGUGUCACGGCAAUGCAAGAGUGUUUAACCGGGUCAUGCACCUGCAAUGUGUGUUGAAUUACUUACGGAAAGCGUGUGUGUAGUUUUCAGUCAAAUCAGCCGAAAGAUUUUUAGAUGGAUGGAUGGAUGGAUGGUUGGAUGGAUGGAUGGAUGGAUGGUUGGAUGGAUGGAUGGAUGGAUGGAUGGAUGGAUGGAUGGAUGGAUGGAUGGAUGGAUGGAUGGAUGGAUGGAUGGAUGGAUGGAUGGAUAGUUGGAUGGAAGGAUGGAUGGAUGGAUGGAUGGUUGGAUGGUUGGAUGGUUGGAUGGAUGGAUGGAUGAUAAAGUGCGUGUUGUCAGUCAUGAGGGUAAAAGAGAUGAUUAGCCAGCGUUGGCUUCAGCCGGAGUUAGUAAUGCUCAUCUCCUCUCAAGCUGCCUCUGUUGUACACGACCCCGUCACCUCCAUCCGAUCCGAGCGGCCCACCGCUCCAGACCUCCACUUCAGCAUCUCUGUGUGUGUGUGUGUGUGUGUGUGUGUGUGUUUGUUUGUGUGUGAGUGUGUACGUCUGUGUUCAUCCUCCGGCCUCCUUACGGCAGGCACGGUUGGGUUUCAGAUGGAUUGGUUUUAUCCCCUUUAUCGUCGACUGUCUUGAAGAAGUCAACGACGCAGCUACAGAAACGGACAGAACGCUGUCUUCCACGAUGACACAUUCUGUGCUGUGAUGUAACGUUUCUUCGCAAGUCUUUUGUUUUCCUGUUCCUGUCGUUUUAUUUUUAGGUGUGUGUACAUUUUUUUUAAUCGAAACGAGGAGAAAACAGUGCAAGACGUUAAAUGGAGAGAGCGAAAUAAAACGGAGUUUUGUUUUUAACAUAACAGGUGUGGGUGUGUUUGUUUCCUUCGAGCGUGUGUGUAUGUUGGUGGCAUGCUAUUGAAACAUCACUGUGGUUUUGAUGGCUGCAGAAUUUCCACAACACAUCUAACCUCAAGACAAACGUUGUGAGAACAAAAGAGAUUCUUGUUAACUGUAUGUAAUACCUUGAGAAACAAUACUGCCCCUGUUUCCGAAAUAAAUACCCCAGGGGUCUUUAUAACCUGAAUGCUGAUGUGGCAAAUGAAAAUGACAGAAUUCAUGAGCAAAUGAUCAAUUUUGUCCAACGCUUGAUUGUCUUCGGUACUGAACAUGUUUCCACUUGAAAGUCUUUUCAAUCAAUCAUGAGCGGCUUGAACAGUAAUAUUUUGAAUGAUUGUAUAUUAAAACACAAUUCAGUCCAACCUUGAACCAUGUUUCAUCCUCGAAUCAUGUAUUGAGAACAGAAAGUCAUUGUCAGUUUAAGCGGCAUUUCUCACACAGAAAAUAUCGGCUUACUAAAGAAAAAUGGCUUGUGUGACAUUUCACUUGUUGUGGGUUGAAAGCUUUAAGGCCGAGUGUAUAAACAUCAUGAUUGCAAACACAUAACUAGCUGGACCCUUAUGGUCUGUCUGGGGUCUCACAGAUCUCAAGGGCAUUGAGUUGUUUGUUAAAGAAACUUAAACAUGAUUUCAGAGGCAUUUAUACAAAAAAUGUGUUUUUAUUUACGCGACUCUUUUUGUAAAGAGUUGUUAAACUGUUCACGGAAAAAAUGAAGAGACCAUUCCACAUUUUAAUUUAAUCAUCAGUUCUAGAUGUUUUGUGGUCAUUUCAGGCCAGUGUCUGUUGAAUUUGAACAAAAUCAAACCUCAGGAGUGACAUAAUUUUUGUGAUGCUGUGAUUCUAUAGUAAACUCUAUAGUACAUUUUUUUUUUUUGAAUGGUUGAAACUACAUUUUUGAUGCGUCUAUACUUGUGACCACUUCAAACAGAAAUACUAAACCUCAAAGUCAAAUAACAUUCAAAAUAGAAUCUACAACAUGCUGUCAGUUCUUUAUUUUGACAUUAGAAACCCCACGAGGAAAAAGCCCCAGAAGAAUCCAGUUUGAACAAACAGAGGAAGUAAAACUGUCACCACCAAUACUGGUCUGAAUCAACGUGUGUGUUUGCUACAUAAAGCUGACACAGCAAACCGCACGAAUGCUGCAGCAAGAGAAAUUUACCGUCAGAUUAAUGAUGCAACCGCGUACCACGUGUGCAUAUGACAUCCUAUAAUUCAGCCUGUGUCAUAUCCUCAUCUCACUCUCUCGCUCCGUCAGUCCUCAUAUUCUAAAUCGCAUCUGAAUUGGACCUGGACCACAAAACCAGUCUUAAGUAGCACGGGUAGCAAUAGCUAACAAUACAUCGUUUUUAUUUUAUGCCAAAAAUCAUUAGUAUAAAUAUCGAUGUCAAAAUAUUGACCCUUAUGAAUGCUUUUGUGGUCGGGGUCACAUUUUUAAAUUUGAAUUCAGGUAGAUAAAUAUAAAUCAGAAUUUAAAUGGAAUUCAAUUCAAAGAAAUGCAAACAACUGCUGUGAGCGUUGGAUUUAAUAAAAAAAUUGAUAUUAUUGUUGCUAUUUUUACUCUAAAAUAUGAAAACAAUAUUAAUUGUUCAAAUGAGGAAGUGACUCUAAACCUCUGACCAGUAUUGUAUAUGUGCGCAUAUGAAGAGUUUAUUUACAAAAUGAGAACUCAUUUUUUAAAUCCUGUUUUUAUUAUGUUAACAUGUUUUUAUUGUGUUAGUUAGCUGUAUUCUUUUAGUUAUUAUGGCUUAAAUCAAAACAAACUAACUGCAGUUUGAUUGAUAUUAAUUGGAAUGCAC